AUUGAGAUAGACAAAAGCCUCAAAGGUUCUCCUAACGCUGUCUCGCAAAGUGAGGAUGAUAAUACUAAAGUUGAAGGAACAGGUUCAGGCUUCAUUUGGGAUAAGUUUGGUCACAUUGUCACAAAUUACCAUGUAAUAUCUAGAUUGGCUACAGAUCAAACCGGAUUACAGCGUUGUUUAUAUGGUUGAUGCAAGGGGCAAUGGUUUUAGCAGUGAAGGCAAAAUUGUUGGUUUAGAUGCAUCUCGUGAUCUGGCUGUUCUAAAGGUUGAUAUUGAAGGACAUGAGCUAAAACCUGUUGUUCUUGGUACAUCAAGUGACUUGCGUGUGGGUCAGACGUGCUUCGCCAUUGGAAAUCCAUAUGGAUAUGAGAACACACUAACAACCGGGGUGGUCAGUGGAUUAGGCAGAGAGAUACCCUCACCAGAUGGAAAAGCGAUUAAAGGAGCUAUUCAAACUGAUGCUGCUAUUAAUGCUGGGAAUUCGGGCGGGCCAUUGAUCAAUUCAUAUGGUCGUGUUAUUGGAGUUAAUACAUCAACCUUCACUCGCAAAGGGUCAGGAACAUCAUCUGGAGUUAACUUUGCAAUACCAAUAGACUCCGUUGUGCGAACUGUUCCUUACCUUAUUGUAUAUGGAACCCCUUAUAGUAACAGGUUCUGAUCAAUGUAUCCAUUUGUGGAAAAAGUUGUAUGAGUCUCAUUGAACGCAACUCAAAUUCUAAAUGAGAAACAGGUUCUUCGUUAUUGUG